GUCACCGUCCCGUCGCACCCAUCCAUCCCAGUCAGUUCGUGCGCUCUACCAAAGACUACUACUUGAACAAACAACAACAGCUUCAGACACAGAGGAUCGCAAGAAAUAAAAAAAUGACCAUUACAUCGCCACAAGAGUCCUGUAAAGCUCACUUUUAAUCAGGAUUUCUUUGUUUUUGAUCUGGACGUGAUUCCAGCCAUGUCCUGUCGUGACAUUCACGCAACCAAUGCGUUUGCCUUCAUCAUUGCUCUGUUGUCGGUGGGAAGUUUGAUUGUGGCUACACUCGUCCCACAGUGGAGGACAACACGUCUGGUGACCUUCAACAAAAAUGCCAAAAACGUAACGGUGUAUGACGGCCUGUGGACCAAGUGUGUGCAGAGAGAUGGUUCUCAAGGUUGUUAUUACUUCGAUGCAGACUGGUACAUUAAAGUAGACCAGCUGGACCUCAGACUACUGCAGUUCUGUUUACCUACUGGUUUAUUUUUUGCAAGCUUGGCUAUUCUGCUUUGUCUCACUGGUAUGUGUAAGACCGCAUGCUGCUCCAAGACUCCCGAAGACAUCAAGAACAGCCGCUGCCUGGUAAACAGUUCGGGCUGUCAUCUAGUGGCUGCGAUGCUUCUUUUUCUUGGCGGGUCCAUCGCCAUGCCACCCUCCGUCUGGUUCUUGUUCCACACAAAAGACCUUAAUCAGCGCUACGAUAAUCUGUUUGCGGUGGAGUUUGCGGUCUAUGUGGCCAUCGGCGGUGCUGGUGGGCUGAUGUUAGCCGCUCUUCUGAUGUUCAUGUGGUAUUGCAUGUGUAAGAAACUGCCUUCACCUUUUUGGUUGCCUCUUCCCGAGUUACCUGCAAUGACCAACAGCCUUUCAGCGCUGCCCCUUAUGACCAAUGGCUUGCCCACUCCUGUGACUUAUGUACCACAGAGCUUCCCUCCUGCUGUCAUGGACGCUCCCUCUUUUGUCCCUGUACAGGGUUACCCUCAACCUGGAGGCCCACAGCCCUUGCCACCUCAUGUUUAUAUGCCACAGAUGUCAGGGCCUGAUGGCUACGGAUCAGAAGUUGGAGGGUAUAGCUAUGCUCCCUCUCAAAGCUACGCCCCCUCUCAAAGCUACGCCCCCUCUCAAAGCUACGCCCCCUCUCAGAGCUACGCCCCUUCACAGAGAUAUGCUGGACACCGAUAUUCCACACGCUCCAAUAUGUCAGGCAUCGAGAUUGACAUCCCUGUCCUUACAGAGUGACGCUGAAUAGAAAAAUAGUUGGAGUGUCCACUGACGUUUCACUCGAAGAGGUCAACUGGCAUUGCGUGUAAUUCUGGAAGUUAGAAAUUACAAACUAGCUGUCAGACUUUGGAUAUGAAGGAAAUAAAAGUGUGAACUUUAUUUAGUAAAUGUAGCACAUGCCUUUUUGUCGUAGCACUGAAAAUGGUCAAAAAUAGAUUUAUAAAGUCAUGUGCCUUACUCUGUAUUUGCUCUUAAACAUCGAUGGUAACACUGAUCUUAUUUUGAUGUUAAACACUGUACUAACCUGCUAGUAUGUCUACUGAUCUACAUCUGACUACUUAAAAAAGACACUAACAUCGAUUGCUUACACAUGUCUCUCUUGUCAAUUGCCAAUCAUGUCAUGAAGUUUCAUAGUUGCCUUUUGCGGUAUCUUGAGGGAAAUAUGUGUGUUGUUUUGUUGUUGUAAUAUCCAAUAUGUUUUUUUUCCAAUGUUGUUACAGAAUAUGAAUUUUCAUACACAUUAAUGUUUUUUUAUUAUAAAAAAUGCCUAUCCAUUUAUUUGUAUGUUUUGUUGUUGGUUUUAUUUGAAGUUCAAUGAAUGUACUUCAAACGAAAGUUUACCAUUACAGUUUUCAGUUUUACUAUUUUUAUAUUUCUAAUCUUAUUUCAAUAAGUAUUUUAAAGAUUAAGAAACACUAUAACAUAAUCUGUAUUUAAUCUUGCUCAAGCCUUUAUUUUAAAGGGUUUGUGCAUUUUUCAAACCUGGUUCUUUUUUUAACUAAUUUAUGUUGUGGAUCUUUUAUGUCUUUAUUCAAAAGUUUAACCACUCGAUCUACAAAAAAGAACAAGACUGAGACACUUUUGAGAUUUAGGAAAAACACUAAUGUCUUAAAUAAAUAGUCUUACUAAUCUUAUUGUAUGUUGACAACAAAUUGUUAUACUUGGCUUAGAUUCCUUUUGCCUUUCAACAAAGCUGUCCUUAAUUCAAAUGCAUGUUUGUAUUGGAUGUAUUAGACUAAGGUCUACUAAAUUUUUGAUAAAAGUGCUGUUUAUUAAAUGAAA